GUGGGGGGAGUGCUGAGGGUCACAGUGGUCAGUGAGUUGGGCUCUGUGAAGCCUGGCUGGAAAGAGGUUCAUUAUCAAUUCCUGCCUUUAGCAACCUGCUGUGCCCAUGCAGGGACUCUCAGCCAGGGAGGGGUUCCUUACACGACCUGAGGGGCCCAGAGAGGAGCCGGCAGAGGGGACACCACCAGGUGCCCGCAGCUCACCCAGCCAGGACCACAGGCACAUGAGCAUGCGCACUGGACCAAGGUAGCGCUUACCAACGGAGCUGAUUUUAACCUGCUGUUCUUUCAUUUUUUCAUUGCCUCACGUCCAGGUGUCCACAUAUGCCCUCCAGUUUCUCUCUUUACUUAUUCCUUCUGUCUUGUUUGUAAAUGGAAACGUGAUUUUUAAAAUAAAUAUGAGUGUUAGGAUUGUAAAAUUCUCAUGCGGACUGUAGCGUAUAGAAAUACAUUGGGUCGGAGGAAGGUUUGACAUCCAUGGGUAAAACGCCCUCCUUGGGGCAUCACCAAGAACGUUGCGGGGAUAGUGGAAAGAACAGAUGUGCGCUGGGGCCCAAGGGACUUGUGUUCCAGAGCUGGUUCCCUGUGAAUUUACUUUGAGAUCUUGGGCACAAAGGGAUUAGUUUUCUCUUGAGAGAUAUAUAUUAAUACUAAUCUUUUAUAGCUUUCAUGUAUGGUGAAAUCAUGUGCGUGAAAACACUUUGUAGGUUAAAUCCCAAAAGAACAUGAUACAGAAACAAAAAAAUCUAAGAAGAAACUUUUCAUAAUAAUAAAACAAAUAAAUUUCAUACUCAUAAACACAUACAUUUCACACUUAUUAUUCAUAAUAAAGAUUCCACAUUAUUCUGUGUAUACAUAGAGUUGGGAGCUAUUGAUAAUAUAAGAUAAGACAUGAUUAGUUGUCAAAUACAUUUCCAAAGUACAAUUAAAGUUGUGUUUGUUCCCUAAAAUAUUGCUACUUUCUAAUCCUUAGAUUUACAAAUAUGCAAAAUGACUCAUAGGUAAGUGUGGAACACACAAUUUUAUUUUUGUUUUUAAAAUAUAAUUUAAUAUUACAUAGGUAAUACUAGAUAGAUCAUAAAACAAAAUAAUACAAGAUUGAUCAUAAACUAGAAAACUGCAGCUGUAGAAAGAACACUAUAAAAUAAUCACAUUUAUUGCUUAAUAUUUUAUGAUGAAAACUAUCUCAUGAGGUAUGAAGGAUAAUUAUCAUUAACAGCCUUUUGUUUGAAGAGGAAAGUAAUCUACUGAGAGAUAAAUGAUUUCUAAGGGCAAAAUGUGGCCAAUCAGAAAUCAGAACCGAAACUUAUUCUUUCUUACUGUCCUAUAGGAAGAAUUUCCUUAACCAGAUGCAGGGUCAAAAAGCUAUCCAACUUCUCAAAAAUGGUAUAUUUGUGUAGAUAAACAUUCAUAUUGACUUCGUCUCCUCUCACCUUUUGUUUUACCUCUUCAAGCAUAAAAUGCCUUGAUCAUGUGCUAAUGCAGGGUUGGUUUUUUUUUCACAUUUGCAUGCCCUGCUGCCUAGAUCAGCUGCCAUUUUACCAAAAGAGUUUCAUAUUUGGCUUAUUUGAGAGCUGUUGUUGACCAGGAUGAGUUUUUCAAGCAGAAGAUUUCAAACAAUGCACACUUUCUUACAUAGUCUUGUACAAUAUUCAGUGCCUGGCUGGGCAGAUGCCACUACACCCUAUGGAUUUAAUUCCCUAGAAAAGGAUUCCUGUACUUUCUUGGGGAAGACAAAGUCAGACUAUGACCUAAUAUUCUUUUGUUUAUUUGUAUGUUUGUUUGCCCUGAGAGCAGAGCCCUCAUCUGAUAGUGGCAAUAUUUGCCUUUUCUUAUACAACAGGUUUUGUGCUUGCCUCUUCCACUAAUAAAAUAUUUUGAGAUUUUUGUAAGUUUGUCUUUUACUUCUUUUCUUUUUUAAUAAAGCAGUUGUCUCCCAAAAUGACAUAGUGUUUUAAUUAUUAUUGGGAGUCUUAAUUAUUUUUAUACCUUACAUUCAGUCUCACUCUUUGUCCAGUUCUUGUUUAUUUUAUAUUUUUUUUCACUGUUUAUAAUUCUCAGAUAUCAUUAAGUUUAGGCAUUCUGACUCCUCUGAAAAUAGUAUUAAAUUGUAUAUAUCAAUUGAUUUACUACAUCUUUCCUUCCACAUGCUGAAGAAAUAUUUCUGGGAGACACUGAAGAGAACUGCUCAUCACUCCUCGAAAAUUACACACCGCUAAAAAUAGACACCCCAAUCCCAGAGAACAAAAGACAAAGGUGGGGUAUAACCAACCAACCAACCUAAUUAUUCCCCCCACCCAAAACCGAACAAAAACAAAAAGAAAAAACUCCUUACUUAAAAAAAAAACAAAACACACAGACAAGGGCAGUCACUCUGUGACUCAGUUCUGCAGGUUUCUGGAAAGGAGCAACUGCAAGUAGGAAGGCUCAGUUCUAACCUGUUCCACAACUGGGCUCCAGUAGGUAGAGAAAUUCUUCAUGAAACCCAGUGGUUCUUUCUCGUGCAAAAGAAAAUAACUCUCUCAGUGGGUCCCUUUGUAGGUGCUUUCACACAGAGACAGAUCCGGAUGGGGUCUGUUAUCAGAGUUACUCAGACUCAGGCCUACGGCAUGAAACUGAUUUCUGGAGAGCUCGGCACUCCUGCAGAGGCACCAUGGGCUCAGGGGCCGCCGUCUGGGGCCUGUGUUUUCCUCUUUAACACUCCAAACAGCAAUUUUCGCAAGUCUUAAAGAGGAAACUGGAGGGGACGAGGAGCUCGCAGGCUCCGACGACCGAAAGCAUUCCACUGGGUGACAGCACGCCCUGCAUUCGCUCUCGGGUUUCCACUGCGGCAGUUUAGCCUCUUUCCGGAACGGGGAGUCCCCAGCUGCGCGGAAAGGGGGCGCAUUCCGUGGCCCCAUUUUCCUCCUCGCCCUGCAGCCCUGCCCUGGAACCUCCGCCCGCUCACGCGGCCCCUCCUCGCCCCGCGCGCUCCCAGCCUGCAGCGCCGCGCCUGAAGAGAAUGGAAGGGCUUCAGAGAAGCACAUACGGAACUAUGGCUGAAGGCGGAGUAGAAAAUAAGUGGUUAUCAAAAGUGUUCUCUUUGAGGAUCAUCCUGGUGGGCAGAACAGGCAGCGGGAAAAGUGCCACAGGGAACAGCAUCCUCUGCCAACAAGUGUUUAAGUCCAGGCUGGGGGCCCAGACACUGACUAGGACAUGCCAGAAGGCAAUGGGCACAUGGAACGGGAGGAACAUCCUGGUGGUGGACACGCCCUCCAUCUUUGAGGCAAAGGCCCAGGACCAGGAGACGUACGAGCACAUCGGGGACUGCUACCUGCUCUCGGCCCCCGGGCCCCACGUGCUGCUGCUGGUGACCCAGCUGGGGCGCUUCACUGAGCAGGACACGGUGGCCGUGACCAAGGUGAAGGAGGUCUUUGGGGCAGGAGUCAUGAGACACAUGGUCAUCCUCUUCACCCACAAGGAGGACUUGGUGGGCGAAUCCUUGGAUGACUAUGUAGCAAACUCAGACAACCUCCAGCUGAAGAGCCUGGUCCAGGAGUGUGGGAGGAGGUACUGUGCCUUCAACAACCGGGCCACUGGGGAGGAGCAGAGGGAGCAGCUGCUGGAGCUGAUGGUCGUGAUCGAGAGGCUGGAGAGGGAGCUCGACGGUGCCUUCUACACCAACGACCUCUUCUUUGAUGCACAGAUUCUCCAGCAAGGGGGGGAUGAUGCACGUGGAGAAGGCCACAGGCUCUACCUGGACAAGGUGCAGUCACAGGUUGUAAAGCAAAAGCAAGAUCUGGACCUGGAAGGGGUCCAGAAAAACUGUGUGUUCAAGGCACUCCUCUGUGUCAAAAACUGGAUUAUUUCUAACAGCGGAGUAUUCGCUGUUCUUAUUAUAUGCAUUUUGAUUUUUCUUGCCAUGUUAAUUAGCUUGUAUAUUCUUCAUAAACACUGAGCAUUUUCAGAUGAUACCUUCAAUCAACUUCUAUUUUUUCAGAGUCAAGGUUGUUGAUAAGGAACUUUGCUUUUUAACAUAAUUUCACUUUUAAUCUCCCUUCCUUACUUCAGACACACCACCCAUUUUCUUCAGGUGCCUUUAAGUAAAUAAAAUCCAAAGGAUAAUAUCAAAAAAACAAGCAACCCAAUCCAAAAAUGAGUAGAAGACCUAAACAAGCAAUUCUCCGAUGAAAACAUACAAAUGGCCAA